CAUUGCAGUGCAGAAACAUUGUUAGAAAGCUAAUCUAUUUUGCUCAGUUCACCCCAUGUUUAGUUAAUAAUUACCCAGGUUGUGAAUGACAGAGCAGCUAAAGGGGCAGAGUGCUGGGACUCCUGAUACUGCCCGGCCUGAGGAGAAACAGGAAGACACGAUGAUCACAGUCACAGACGUCCAGAAGCUGGGCGUGGGCCUGACAGCGUUCGGUCUGUUCUUCCUGAUGUUCGGAGUGCUGCUGUACUUUGACUCUGUCUUGCUGGCCUUCGGAAAUAUCCUAUUCCUGGCGGGCCUGGCUGUGAUCAUUGGCCUCAGGAGAACGUUCCAGUUCUUCUUCCAGCGCCACAAGCUCCGAGGCUCCGCCUUCUUCCUGGGGGGUGUGGCUCUGGUUCUGCUGCGCUGGCCGGUGGUUGGCAUGGUGAUGGAGACUUACGGCUUUGUUCUGCUGUUCCGGACUUUCUUUCCUAUGGCAUUUGGAUUCCUUGGGUCUUUAGUAAACAUUCCAUUCCUCGGCUCGCUCCUCAACAGACUGUCUGGCAGCAGCAGCUCUAUGGUUUGAGGAUGUCUGGCCCAGAACUUAAUACAGAGGCAGUGGAGGUCUUCAUUUUGAAGCAUCUGGGCUUGUUAUUUUGUUCUGGGGUCCAGGGACAUGAGACGCUCCCAGACCUCUGAGCCUUUCCCAUGAAUGACCUGAGCCUGUGUGAGAGGAUCAGCCCCAGUGUGCUUCUUGUCCUUGUCCUUCUUCCUCAGCACCUGGCACGAGCAGUGACCAGGACUCAGGCCGAAAGGAAGCAAUCAAGGACUGAAAAGUUUGGGAAUUUAAAUCAAUAAUUUGGGGAUUUAAUUUUUUUUUUGGGGGGGUUGCUGUACCCCAAGGCUGCUUGACUCUCAAGGACACCCCCAUGAGGGUCCCCAAAGCCUACAAUGAUCUGUGUUGUAUACCCUCUUGCAGUCUUGGAUACAUCUAAUAAUUAACAUAGUAAACAUUUUAAAACGUCCCCACUGCAUCACCCUUCUGUAAGCUUUGCAAAGUGACCAAUUAGGCCCUGUACCUAGGUCACGCAGUUGUGUUGUGCACGAUAAAGCCUUUGUCUUGUUUCAGUAGUCAUAUUCCAUGUAUGGUGUAUUUUCUUCUGAUUUGGGAUUGACUAUAAUGUGGUUUGUUUAGUACAGCAGCUCAAACCUGAGACUUGUGAUCUGUGAGGCUUUAUGCUGCUAACCAGCAGAGUUAGGAUUGGCUAGGAUACCUCACUCCCCUUUAAAUUAAUUCCUUAACCCGCAAAUAAAAGUUAUUUCACAAA